AUGUCCCGUACCAGCUUCACUUCUUCAAAAUCAGCUACUGUGGGCCGCAAGCUUGCUGUCAACCAAGUUGAGUUGGAAGCGGCAAUGAGAUUAUCGAUCCUCAACGCUCGAUGCGUAAAUUGUCAUAAAGCUUCCGAUUCGAAGGGUGAUAAGAUCGUCUUUUGCGAUGGCUGCGAGAGACCCUACCACCAAAAAUGUCACCGACCAAUAAUCGAUCAGUCCUAUAUCGAGGUUUUAGAGAAGAACUGGUUUUGCUUCGAGUGUGCAACGGUACCCGGGGAAGGUGAUGAUUUAUCUGAAGAGAUGGGAUAUUAUGAAGAAGGAGAGGAAGCCAACAGGAGGAAUGAACUUAUAAAUCAAAUCCAAGCUGAACAGAAUGAUGACAGAGCCUAUCUUAGAGAUGUAGACGCCACUUCUGAAGAGCACAGGGAUGAAGAACGGCAGAAGGAAGAGGAUGGGAACGAUCACCACCCUACCGAAGAAAGAGAACAAAAUGAAUCUCAACCUACCAUGGCACCUGGGAACGAGACUACCAUGACACCUACUAAUACCAUCAAAAAUCUCGGUACCAUGGGAUCCCAAAACAUGGAGGCUGCUAUCAAAGAACUUGAUGAUGACCAGCAUAAACUCUUCCUCAAAACCCUUACCCAUGACGAUCUAGUCGACUUAAUAUGUCACCUAAGAUUAAAAGGUGCAACUUUUGACUUCGAUUUCCCUUCAGGAAUCAAGGACAAGCUUGCCGAGUUCACUCGCGCCCAGAUCAAAAAGGACAAAGGCACAAAGCGCAAGGCUUUGGCCGAUGAAGCACCAAACGAGAGGGAAUCCGGCCCGGUUGACGAGCCGGUCCCUUCACUCGAGGGAGAAGACGAAGGUUCGGACGGGGGCCGUUCUCCGGAAUCCAAACGUCGCAAGCUUACCGCUUCGCAGCGGUAUUGGUUGUGGCGUGAGGAUCCGGAAACCCCUUCUAUUACGCACAUCGUCUACCGGGAUGGGGUUGGGCGCCCUGCCCAUGAGGUUUACCCUCCACUGUUCCCGUACCCCGGGAGGGGACAAUCGGGCGUAUCCCAAACAGAGGGAUGGGAUGGCGGAGGGGAAGACCCUAAGGAUAGUAAACGGGCCUGA